AUGGAUCGUACCAACGGCGACCUCGACGACCUUGGAAGACUGUCGCAUCCUCCAAUCAUCCCUAGCACGACAUCUCCCAUAGAGAAGGAAACUCCUUUCUGGUGUAUCGAUUCCUCCUUUGCAGCUACUUCAGGGCACUUGGCUGAUACCAAAUGGGGUUUUUUUUGCUACAAUGAUCGUUAUCGACGAUUCUUUGGUGAUGAGUUUAGUAAUGAUUCUUUGGUGGAGGAGAUACCAGGUGGCUUUCCUUUUGAGAUCCAAGAUGAGAAGGGAAUGAACACUGUUACUCUAAAGAGAAACUAUCAUGGAGAGAGAAAACUAUCAUGGCUUGACUAUGAAGGACCUGAUUUCAGUGAUCUGGAUGAGAAUCUGCAGAAAUCCUUUCACAAGUAUCUAGAGAUAAGAGGAAUUUCCCCUUUGACAACCAAUUUCCUACAUAAGUACAUGAUAAAUAAAGACAGUCGUGAGUAUUUGCUAUGGUUGAAGAAUUUGAAGUAUUUUAUCCAAAAGUAG